CGCCUGUGUAAGUGGCAGCGAAGAGGGAGAGACAGACUUACCGCUAACAGAAGCCACACAUCUGUCUGGCUGUCUGUCUGUCUCACUCACUCACUCACUCACUCACUUUCUGUGUCUCGGCUCCGAGCUACACGGCCCCUUUGGAACCGACCAGGAUGUGUUCUGGGACCAUGAGAGGUUGUGCGAGAUGAGCACUCCCAGAGUUUGAAACUGCCUGCAGUUCCACUGCUGUGCCGCUGAUGUAAAUUGGGGUGUGAGUUCUCCUGAAGUCGAUAAGUAUCUCCUUUGUCUUGUUGACAUUAAGGAAAAGAUUAUUUGCCUGAUUCUGUUGGGCCAGGUCAGUCAUUGCCAGUUAGAGUUGGAUAAUAAUUGCUGGGAAGCUGUCAUCCUGAAUCUUGAGAAGCUUGUCUCCUGAAGACGCGGACCCUGCUGGUAUCUCCUUUGCCAGACAACUGAAGUGAGUCAUUCCCAACACUCUGAAGCCAGAUUGGCGGUGCGCACUUCAGCAAAUUCAGGCACUACAGUUGACGCAAUCAGAAGAAAACUCGAUUCCUGUUGAAGGUCUUUUCUUCCAUAGCCAGACGUUGGAGCCUGGACAAGAACAUUCUGUUGUCUCCUGUUGGCUCGUCUGUUCGGAAGACCCUAGGCAGAUGCAGGUGGAGGGUGAUGUACGUGUGUACAGUUACAUCAGACAGAGUCCGAAGUCUGGAUGGUCCAUGGGAGAGGCUGACUCACCUCCAUCGGACGCCAGGAUCUGGGAGGACGUGGAUGAACAUAAGGUUGGAGAGACGGAGCUGGACAGGCAGAGUUCCCCAGCUGGUAUCUUUGGAUACAGAGCAACAUGUUCCACUGUCAGCGAGACGGUGACCAGGGAGGCAGGGGAAAACUCCCUCCCUGCCCACUGCUCGCUGGAAGCGGGCAAAGAGAAGUGUUCUCGGACGCGGAAUCUGGGUGGAAAUGGACAGAUCGAACCUUGGCGGACUCCAGGCAGUAAAAGUCCCCAGGGUGCCAGCGAGGAGGAGACAAGAGGGACCCAGCUCCAGGGCCAAAAGAUUGCCGCCCAGCUCAGCUCCCCGCCUGGCCCCAGCUCCAAGGGGGUCCUGCUAUUCAACCGCCGCAAGCAGAGGGUUGACGAGCUUACCCUGGGCGGCCCCAGGGCCGGCAGACUGCUGGAUGGAGACGCUGGCCAACCCCGGGCCCGUGUAGCUGACGAGGAGGCUGCCGUGCCUUACUUUGAGCAGCGGGCCAGCAUGGAGGAGGAGGAGGAGCUGAAAGAGGUGGCGGCCGAGGCCGAGGCUGUGCUGCGGGUGGAGAACCGCCAGUCUGAAACAGGACCUGAGGCCCCUGUGACUCCAGUGAGGCCACCACCUGCUCAGGCCUACUUGGAGAUGCCUGUCGAGGCCCGGAGGGAUGCCGAGGCCUCGUGCUUUGCUCGGCCUCCUCUGCCAACCCCACCAUUGGCACCCGGCCGAACAGGCAUCCUGGAACAGUCGAAGAUACGGAAGGCUGGCUGGAAGCCAAUGUUCACUUUCCACGAGAGGCCAAGGCUAGCACCCAACCCUGAGCUGCUGUCGUUGGUCCACGGCGCCGACGUGCAGCGCAAGGUUGAGGGAGGAGGCAGAGGGGAAGCUGGAGGAGAUGAAGGGCUGGGCCUGGGUGCUGAAGCCUGCAUGCUGGCACAGGCCAAGGGCCCGGCUCCAGCCCUGGCCCCAGCCGUCACCGCGGGUGAGGAGCGGCCGUCACCUGAAUGGGCCUCGUGCCUGAAGCCACCCGAGCUGCGGCCUACCCGCAGGCCCGUCACCACUCCACAUGGCCUGGCUGAGGUGCGGGGCAAAGGGGCUGAGCUGUUUGCCCGGCGCCAAACACGGAUGGAACGUUAUACGCUGGAAGCCCCAACCCCACCGCCACGGCCUCCCUCACCCACUGCCUCAUUGCCCGCUGGCUGGAAGUGCAGCACCAAGCCCGAGGCCUCAGCCUCCGACAUCAAGGCGGCUCCCUCAUCGGGCCGCCGCCACCUCAGCUCGACCUCCUUUGUCUUCUCGCCUCCACCCGUGGCCACAGGCACCAAACUCAACUCAAAGCCAUCACCUCCUCCUCCAACUGCCGCAAAGCCACAACGCCUGAGGCUUAAUGGGUUCACUACCAGUGAAAACCGAAGCCAGGAGUUCCAGCCGGUGCAUGCCUCCCCUCCUGACAGAGCCACGCUUCCACCAACUGCCCCCAGGUCAUCAGAAGCAAUGCAGGCCCCGCGGCCCACCUUCUCAGCACGGAGAGCCGGACUCGAGGCCCAGCAGGGAUGGACAUCUCCAGUGACUCCACCCUGGAAGACCACCAUCAUUCAGAGAACCAGCAUCCCUAGGCCCUACCUGGAGACCAUCCAGCCUGACCGGGCAAGCGAUUCCACUCCGCAGAGUCCCCAGACCCCCUCCUACUCACUGCCACCCAAUAGCUGCACCCCACCCACUGAGCAAGCGCCUGGCCCGAGCGAGGGCCAGCGACUGAAGGACCUGCUGGCCAAGAACGUGGUCAGCGCCGCCCGCCGCAAGAAGCUGAGCAGAUCGGCCACCUCCCCCGGCAGCCCGUCGGAGAUUCUCUCCCCCUUCAGCCCUCGCAGUGACUGCCUGUCGCCCCUCACCACCCCGCCCUCGCCCGGCUCUCCCUCCCCCACCGCCAACGUCCGCUCCCCGCUCCGGCUCUACCGUCGCUCCCUGACCGACUCUGAAUUCUCACUGGGGCCAGAGGGCUCCGGACCCCGGUCCCCUGGCUACCACAACUUCUGCCCCAGGGGGUGGACAGGGAGCAGGGUGAGGCAGAGUGAGCAGUGAUUAAAACACUGCCCCCACCCCCUGGAGAGAUGGAGAUGCACAGUGGGGACGGAAUAGAUGUCAGGCGGUGAAGCGAGGCUAAGGGAUCGGCUUACUGGGGCACAGGCUGCUGACAGCAGCUUGCCAGGUUCCUUUGUCCUUGGCCAGUCUUUCAUGUUGUCGCCAGGUGUUACCUAUUUUCUCCUUCCUCUCCCAGGGACGAGGUUCUUCGGUCUUCUGUUGGCAUUUCUGUCGCACUGGGUUACCGGAUGGGGGUCGCCAGCCUUUUGCCCAACCCUCGUCCGUUCACAGCCGGGACUUGGGACCGUCUGUGUCGGGGUUCCAGAGGAGUGGGAUCUGACACCAAACCAGACCACGCUAGAGGGUGCACGCUAAGGCAGGCAGCGUCCACGGAGGCAGGCCCAGGAGGGAGCAGACUUGGAAAUCGGGCGUGCUUUAAGUGGCUGUGAUCGUCCGUUACAGGGCAGAGAACGGGAGAUCUAGAUGGCAGAAUGAGUGAAGAGGAGCUUAUUGAGGGAGGGCAGUGAAGGCGUGUUUAUCCCAUCCGAACUUCCCUAAGGAGGCAAAAUAGAAGAGGGUCAGUGAAGACGAGAAGGGAACCAUUGGAUUUGGGUUAUUGGUCAUGUACCAAGAUACAGUGAAAAGCUUGUCUUUAGCACACUGUUUAUACAGAUAGGGUGGUUGAGAAGGUGUAUGAGACACUUGCCUUUGUUAGUCAAGGCGCUGAGUUCAAAAGCUGCAAGUUCUGUUGCAGCUUUAUAAAACUCCAGGUAGGCCACAUCUGGACUAUUGCAUACAGUUCUGGUCGCCACGUUAUAGGAAGGAUGUCGAGGCUUCGGAGAGGGUGCAGAGGAGGUUUACCGGGAUGCUGUCUGGAUUAGAGGUCAUGGGCUAAACGCGAGGUUGGACAAACUUGGGUUGUUUCCGCUGGAGUUGCGGAGGCUGAGGGAGAUCAGAUAGAGGUUUAUAAGAUUAUGAGAGACAUAGAUAGAGUGGACAGACAGUAUCUUUUUCCCAGGGUUGAUAUGCCUAAUACCAGAGGGGAUGUAUUUAAGAUGAGAGGGGGUAAUUUCAAAGGAGAUGUGAGGGGCAAGUUUUUUUCACACAGAGAGUAGUGGGUGCCUGGAGUGCACGGCCUAGAAUGGUGGCAGAGGUUGAAACAUUAGAAACUUUUAAGAGGCGUUUAGAUGGGCACCUGGAUGUGAGGGAAAUAGAAGAAUACGGACAUUGUGUAGGCAGAGGGAGUAGUUUAUUUACUAAUUUAAGUGGUUCAGCACAACAAUGAGGACUAGAAGGACUGUUCCUGUACCUGUUCUAUGUGUCUGGUGUUCUAGAUCAGAUCACGACACAGUGCAUUGAGGUAGAACAAGGUAAAACAGUAACAGGACGCGGAAUAAAGUGUCACAGGGAGAGUGCAGUGCAGGCAGACAAUAAGAUGCAAAGUUGAUUUUGAGCUGGAGUCCAUCUAUAAUUGGCAUUGAUUCAUUAUUGUCGCGUGCUGAGACACGGUGCAUUGGGAUAACAGAGAACAGGACAGACUCCUCAGCCUACAAGUUUGUAGUUCAGUUAGUUGAGCUCACCACCCCUUCUGGGCCACAGGCCGCUGACAGCAGCUCGACAGUGUCCCCUGUCCUGGGUCAGUCUUUCACGUUGUCCCCGGGUGUGGUCCAUCUUCUCCUUGCACUCAUAGGGAUGAGGUCUUCAGAGCUUCUGCUGUCGUUUCUGCAGCACGGGGGUUUUACAGAAUGGGAUUAUUAGCCCCAUGUCCAACCCUUCUCCUUUCGCUGCCAGGCUUGCGACCGUCCAUAGCAGAGUUUCAGAAUGUGCCAACCUGUUAACCUACGUGCCUACCAUGGGCAAACCAAUUCUGAAUCCACGCCGCCGAGUUUCCCUGCACCCCAUGCCUCCUGACCUUCUGAAUGGGGAAACUUAUAAAACACCCGAUUAAAAUCCGUCUACACCAUAUCCACUGCUCUACCUUCAUCAAUGUGCUUUAUCGCGUCCUCACAGAAAUCAAUCAGGCUCAUGAGGCAUGACCUGCCCCUCACAAAGCCAAGCCGUCUAUCCCGAAUCAGACAAUGCUUCUCCAAAUGCUCGUAAGUCCUGCCUCUAAGAAUUCACUCCAAUACUUUGCCCACCACUGAAGUAAGACUCUCUGGUCUGUAAUUCCCUGUGUUGUCCCUACUUCCUUUCUUGAACAAAGGAAUAACAUUUGCCAUCCUCCGAUCAUCUGGUACGACUCCUGUGCUUAUCAUCUGUACUGCUCAUACAGAUCAGAUCAUUACACAGUGCAUUGAGGUAGAACAAGGUAAAACGAUAACAGAAUGCAGAAUAAAGUGUUCCAGUUACAGAGAAAGUGCAGUGCAGGCAGACAACAAGGUGUAUGCACACUGGGAGAGGCAGGAAACCAGGAAUUAAACUGCCAGAAACACUCAGCGGAGAGGGACAGCAUUUUUAGCUAGGUUGAAUUCCUAACCAUGUCAUAGGAGCAUAAUUAGGCCAUUUGGCCAAUUGAGUCUGCUCCACCAUUUCACUGUGGUUGGUAUAGAACCCCUCUCAAGUCCAUUCUACUGCACUAUUAGUCCCUCUACCACCCCAGGCAUUUGCUGCCCGCCCCACUGCCAUUUUCUGGAGGGUGCUUUGUGAUUACUUGUCCGGACCCCUCCAACGAAACCUCACAAACCCACCAAAGAUGCCAAGGACGAAGGCAGCAGAUGCAUUGGAAAAUCCACCCCCAACCCUCCCACAGUACCAGUUUCAUAAGAUCAUAAGACGUAGGAGCAGGAUUAGGCCAUUCAUCCCAAAUAGUCUGCUCUGCCAUUCCAUCAUGGCUGAUUUAUUAUCCCUCUCAACCCAUUUCCCUGCCGUCUCCAUGUACCUAUCAGCCUCUGCUUUGAAUAUACUCACCGACUUGGUCUCCACAACUGCCUGUGGCAAUAAAUUCCACAGAUUCACCUCCAGGUCCCGGACUGUCCUGGCUCGGAAGUGCAUUACUGUCCCUCUCUCCCUAUUAGCACUGAGCCUAAAUCAUGGGCCUCCCUCCCCAUUAGCACUGAGCCUAAAUCGUGGAACUCCCUCCCCAUUAGCACGUGGGGGAUAGGCACCUUCCUCAGAAGGACCAUAGUGGUUCAAGAUGGCAGCUCACCUCUCCUGCCCCACCCACCUCUGCAAUGGUUAUGGGUGAAAAAUUAUUAUUAGUGAUUCUUGAUACUCAGAAAAAGGCGCAAAAGUACCUUGUACUAAAGAUCACCGGCUCUAUUUCACCUUGGACCCCGAUCACCAGUGCUUUAAUUCUGGAGGACCGUUCUCCUUAAGGUUUUCAUUCAGUUCUUGCCUUACUGACCAUCAGUAAACCACUGACCACCCCCUCCUCUACCUCUCCUAUCACCACUUCCCUCGCCUGCCCUUGGCCACUGCUCUGCUUUACACAGGCCCAUAACGUUGUGCCAAUCUGUUAACCUAUUCCAAGAUCACUCCUCUGUGACAAGGUGAUGGAUCACCUUUGGCUGAAGCACUCCCCUAUGACCAGACAAGUGGACACCCAGGAUUAAAUUCAGUCGAAAUCCUUUGCAGAAAGGGCCAGUUUUGGGGAACCUUGGCUACACAGCUAUAAGGAGGUUUCCCAUGUUACUGGAGACACAAGGGAUGGAAGAUGCUGGGAUCUGGAGUGGUGAAUGUGGAGGAAUUCGGCUGACUCUGUCAUGAUGAUCCCAAAGCUGGCGGAAAAGUGGGAGGGUUGGGCAUGUGGUUAGCAAACCCAUCCCAUGAAAACCCAGAGCUACAGAGACACCAGCAGAAGCUCUAAAAGCAUCAUCUCUGGGAGAGGAAGGAAAGGCCAAGAAGAUGGACUACACCUGGAGACAACGUGAAAGACCGCUCCAGGACAGAGGAUUCUGGAGGGCUGCUGUCAAUGGCCUACGCUCAAGUAGGGGUGAUGGGCUCAGAAGCAGAAGAAGAAGAAGGAGGAGGAGGAGGAACUCAAUGGCUUGACCAGCGUUGGUGGGAGGAAAGGAACGUUCGACCUUUCGGGUUCUGCAAUUGCCUCAUGGAGUGGCGUGAUCACAGCAGAAGAUCCCGUAAUGUUUGCUCUUUGUGAGUGUUUAUUGACAGGUUCCUCUCCGUAAGGUUUAAAGCAGUAAGUUCCCAAUGCUUUUUAAUGCCUUGGACCCCUACCAUUAACUGGGGGAAUCCCUGGCUUAGAAGGAUAUAACCCAUUCGCUGGCAAAUAGGACUACCUGAGGUUAACGUCUCGGUUUUGUUUUAAGAGACAGCAAGCUGUUAACCUGAGCCAGGUGAUUUACCUGUGUUCAGCCCAUGCAUCUUUACACUAGGGGUUCACACCCUGGUGUCUACAGACCCCUUGGUUAAUGGUAGGGGUCCAUGGCAUAAAACAAGGUUGGAAACCCCUACUCUUAACCUUCCCUAUCUCUGUAUCCUUCCAAACUUGUACCCAUCUCUGCCACUUCCUCUGGCCACUCAUUCCAUCUACCCACCACCCACCACCCUCCGAGUAAAAAAAAGUUCAAAUUUAAAGUCGAGUUUAUUGUAAUGCGCUCAAGUGCAAGGCCAUAUAGUAGCAUAGCGGUUAACGUAACACUUCACAGCGCCUGCAAUUGGAGUUCAAUUCUCCCUGCUGUCUGUAUGUUCUCCCUGUGACCGCGUGGGUUUCCUCCGGGUGCUCUGGUUUCCUCCCACAGUCCAAAGAUGUACGGGUCAGGGUUAGUGAGUUGUGGACGUGCUAUGCUGGUGCCAAGUGGCGACCUUUGCGGGCUGCCCCCAACAUACUCCCAGAUGGUGUUGGUUGUUGAUGCAAACGAUGCAUUUCACUGUAAGUUUUGAUGUAAAUGUGACAAAUAAAGCUAAUCUUUAAUCUUUAACCAAAGGUACAAAACAUGGGUUGCAAACCAUUUGAUGCACAUCUGAAUCCAGGCAAAUGACAAAGUGUCACAGUGGCUAGUGUUUCUACAACGUACCACCAGUGACCUAGGUUCAGUCUUGGCCUCUGGCGCUCAGUGUGAGUGUGUGUGAGUGUGGAGUCUGCAUGUUCUCUCUAUGACCUGGUGUGUCAGUUUUCUCCCACAUCCUAAAGAUUAGUGGAUAUGCCACUGGAAUUGGAAUUGGUUUAUUAUUGUCACAUGUACUGAGAUACAGUGAAAAGCUUGUCUUGCACAUUGUUCAUACAGAUCAGAUCAUUACACAGUGCACUGAGGUAGAACAAGGGAAAACAAUAACAAUGCAAAAUAAAGUGUCACAGUUACAGAGUAAGUGCACUGCAGGCAGACAAUAAGGUGCAAGAUUGUGAGGUCCAUCUUAUUGUGUUAAAGGUCUGUUCAAGAGUCUGAUAACGGUGGGGUAGAAGCUGUCCUUGGGCCUGGUGGGACGUGCUUUCAGGCUUUUGUAUCUUCUGCCCGAUGGGAGAGGGGUGGAGAGAACCAAGAGGAAAAAAAUAUUCAAAAGGGAGUCGGUGCCAAAUGAGUGAGCAUGGGUAAGAGACUACACAGGAAAGAGAGGAGAAUGGGAUUGGCGGGUACUAGUAUGGCUUGAAUGGACUGCAAGUAAUGUAGACCAAGACUGGUUUUAAUUUAUAAUUUCUGUAAGGACUGAAUUCUAACAUGAUUGACUCCAGGCUACGUUUUGUGAUUGUCAGUACUGAAUGGAAUCUGGUUAUCAAUGGUCUAAAAUAGGGCGUCAUGGUAGUACAGCAGUUAGCGCAACACUAUUACAGUGUGGGGCAUUUCAGAGUUCAAUUCCAGCGUCCUCUGUGAGGAGUUUGUACGUUCUCCUCAUGACCGUGUGGGUUUCCUCCAAGUGCUCCAGUUUCCUCCCACAGUCCAAAGACGUACCAGUUAGUAGGUUAAUAGAUCAUUGUAAAUUGUCCUGUGAUUAGGCUAGGAUUAAAUCGCUGGCUUGCUUGGCAGGGCGGCUCGUUGGCCACGCUGUAUCUCUAAAUAAAAGUGUGCACCUGAAGGUAUAUUAAACAAACAAUGCAUUGUGGGUAAUGGAAGCAAAGGGCAAAAACCCUGUUCUUCUUAACAAGCACUCCAAUGUUAGAUUUAACCGUUCUGAAAUCAGCCUUUUUUAACUUGUCACUGCACAAUAUACACCUUUAAUCCUGCUUUCUCCAUUUGAGAUGUAACAUGUACACUUACCACAUCAAACUUUACUGUCUACGCACCUUAUUGUCUAGCAGAUUUGGAAUUAUAAAAGAUUGCAAACAUUUUUAUAUGUAAGUGAAAUGCUCUGGUAUAUAUAUAUAAACUUAUGGAUGUGAA